AAACUUACUGCGACAGUCGUGUCGGAGUAACCAUAACAGAAAAAGCUGAGUGAUCAAGACUCUGACGGUGAAGAAAUAAUAACAAAAGAAGAAAAAAAGAAAAAAGAAAAGAGAGAAGAAGAAAAGAAGCAUUGUUCGCGAUUUACAGAUCUUUAUUCUUUAAAUUAUUUUGCGAGAAUUUUCAUCGAGAAUUGGAAUUGGAUUUCGUAAUUAUUACGUUAUAAUCACAGGUCCAAAAAAAAAAUACAUAAACAAGUAAAUAAAAAGUGAUAAGUGAAAUUCGUGUAAAUCUAAAAAUCAUGGCGAACGUUUACACAAGAGACGAGGUAGCACGUCACAAUAAAGAAGAAGACUUAUGGUUGGUGAUGCAUGGUGGAGUUUACGAUCUAACAGAUUUUGUAAAGAAACAUCCUGGCGGAGAGGAAGUAUUGAUCAACUUGGCCGGACAAGAUGGUACCGUGUGCUUCAAUGACAUCGGACACAGCGGGGAAGCCAUAUUGCUUAAGGAGACUUUCAAAAUAGGCGAGAUAGCGAACGAUAAUAAUGCUACAACCACCAUCUCGACCUCCGAUCCGAUUCAAGAAGCAGCAAAAGCAACUAUCACAACAGAUGAUGACAAUUGGGAAUAUCAGGAAGUGAAAAAAGAGAAAAACAGGACAUCAUCGUUUGCAGUUGCUGCAGGUGUUCUUAUCUACGCCAUCUUAUUGUAUUAUUAUUUUUUUUAGCAGGAUUAAAAACAGCAGAGGAUUACUACACAUAUAACUUUCAAUUCUGUAUGUAUUGUGAAAUCAAUGAUAUAAACAUUAAGAUAUAGAUUAUAUAUAAAAAUAAUAUGGCGAUAUUACUUUGUAA